AUGACCUCCACGAUCAUGUACGACGUCCCGCCGCUUCCUCUCCCAACCGAUCCUCACAACAGUCCAACUCUUGUGAAGAUCUUCCCGCGCCGCAAGAAGGGCGAGGACGACAGCGUGCCCAGGGAGCCCAUCUACAUCAGCCUGGAGCUCCUGUCGCGGUACUUCCACCUCAAGCAGGAGGAGGUGGCGAGCGCGCUGGGGGUGUCGCUGACGAGCUUCAAGGGGGCGUGCAGGCGGGUGGGGCUGAAGAAGUGGCCGUACGUGAGGAGCUACACGGAGGAGAAGGGGGGGAGCGGGGAGGAGGGGAGCAGCGAGGAGGAGGGGAGGGGGAGCUACGAGGGGGAUCUGGGCUUCUGGGGGGAGCUACUGGAGGAGGCGCUGAGGCAUGUGGAGGAGUCAGGGGAGGGAUCGAGAUGGAAGAAGAGACGAUUGAUGAGUGUAAGCAGUUUUGUGGAGUAG